AUGAAUAAAGAAGGAAUUUAAAAUCCCGAAUACGAAACAAAAAGCAUUCAAUAAGAAUAAAAAAUCUUAAAAUCAGAUUAAAUAGUUAUAAACUAUUCAACUUUUAAUGAUUUUAAUUUAAAUGAAGAUUUAUUAAGAAGUAUAAAAGAAGCUGGUUUGAUAACACCUUUUGAAGUAUAAUAAAAAUGCAUUCCAAAAGCAAUAUUUGGAACCGAUAUUUUAUGCUAAGCAAAAGCAGGGACAGGAAAAACUGCAGUUUUUGUAAUUUCUGUAUUGAAUUAAUUAUCUGAUAAUUCACCUCCUUUUUCCUGUUUAGUAUUAUGCCAUACACGUGAAUCUGCCUAUUAUAUCAAAAACGAGUUCAAAAGGUUAGGAAAAUUUACUAUAUUUAAAACUGAGACUGUAUUUGGAGGAGUUUAAGAAAAAAUAGACGCUGUAAAAUUAAAAAAUGAACAACCUCAUAUUUUAGUGACUACACCGGGUAAAUUUUAAUCUUUACUAAAAUAGAAAGAAUUAAUAAAAACUAUUAAUGUAAAGCAUUUUAUUGUUGAUGAAUGUGAUAAAGUAAUGGAAUGUUUAAAAAUGAGAAAGGUUGUGAAAAAAAUAUUCAUGUAAUUACCUUUAUAGAAAUAGGUUAUGAUGUUUAGUGGUACUAUUUGUAUUGAAAAUAAAUACAUUUAAGUUAUUAUUGAAGAUAAUUAUAAGUAAGAGUUAGUUGGAUUAGAUUAAUAUUAUUUAAAAGUGGAUGAAAAAUUAAAAAUUUCGAUGUUAAUUUAAUUUUUGACUUAAUUUUCAUUUAAUUAAGUCAUUAUUUUUGUUAAUAAAUUUGAAAGAGCUGAAUGUGUUUCUAAAUAUUUACUUGAAAAAUAAAAAAUUGAAAGCUAAGUUAUAUGUAGAACUUUUGAAUUAGAUAAAAGAAAUUAAAUCUAUACAGAAUUUAUAUAAGGAAAAAAAAGAGUUCUUGUUGCCACAGAUCUUUUUGCUAGAAGCAGUUAUAUUGAAAGGAUAAAAUUAGUUAUUAAUUUUGACAUGCCGGAAAAAUAUGAUGAUUAUAUGCAUAGAGUUGGAAAAGCUAGUACAUAAUAAACAAAAGGAAUGAUUAUUUCAUUUGUUUCUACUAAAGAAGAUGAUUAUGUCCUUAAAGAUAUUUAAAAUUCAUUUUAGACAAAAAUAAGUGAAUAUAAUUUACCUAAUAUUGCUAUUUGA